ACUGUGAAAAUGGAAGACUUUGAGGAGUCGAAUCCUGGCUGCAGUGUGGAUUCUAAUGAAUUACCACCAACGCCGCCAUUGAUAAAGUCAAAGAGGAAUAUGCUCGACCGAAGUUCUAGACGGCAUGGCCAAUCGUCUGUUCCACCAUUUUCUGAGGCAAAAAUUGGCGAAGCAAACAUGGCGAAAGCGUCGUGUAUGAGAUCCGCUUCACUGGAAAACGGAGAAGACACGAGUAGUAUACCCCCUGAAUAUACCAGUAUCACGUUUCCUGUUUCUCCUCCGCCAUUGCUAAAACGGGCGAGGAACACAAUUCUUUCGGCCUGUAUUUCUAAUCGUCAACCAGCUUUCAAAACGACACAUGGGACCGAACGCAAAAGCGAAAGGGAUGAAGUUACUUCUAGUGCACCAACAGCAAUGGAAGACGUCGAGAACUGGACUUCUGCGUUCAGCGCCUAUGAUACACGCGCAUGGCCAGUGAAACCAUCUCUUCAGAUUGAAGUGGACGUCUUAACUCCAGCCACAGCGUCAAACACUGGAGUUUCUGCCGGAAGGACACGUCAAGCAUCGGUACAACCUGAUUCGUGUGACAUGCCAGUUGAACACAGACGUCCUAUCCAACAAAUAUCAGACUCUUCUAAGGUUAGGGCUCAGAAUCAGGAUCCAUCCAGGCGUUCUAAGUGUAAGGCAUCACAAAGAUGUCAGUUUUGCAAGAAGGAGUUUAGGAACGUUUCUCAUAACCGCGAGCAUGAACGUAUUCACACUGGAGAUCGUCCAUUUAAGUGUGAUGUAUGCGGGGUGUCUUUCACUCAGUCAGGCAUUCUAAGUUCUCAUAAACGUACUCAUACCGGAGAGCGGCCGCACAAGUGUAAGACAUGUGGCACAUCGUUCACGGAUUCGUCAAAUUUACGCAAACAUGAACGUAUCCAUUCUGGAGAAAGACCUUUUAAGUGCAAGGCAUGUGUAAGGUCGUUCACGCGGUCAAGCCAUCUACGUGACCAUGAACGUAUUCAUACAGGAGAACGUCCGUAUAGGUGCGAAGAGUGUGCAAAGGUUUUCCAGUGUGCAUCAAGUCUUCGUAGACACGAGCGUACUAUUCAUACAAUAAAAUGAACAGCCAAAAUGUCGUUUGAAAGUGUUUUACUAUGUGUAAAAAUGCAUUUAGCCUUUUCGUGCUUUCAAUUUCUACGAACAAGAGCGAGAGAGAGAGAGCGAGAGAGAGAGAGCGAGAGAGAGAGAGCGAGAGAGAGAGCGAGCAAGAGAGAGAGAGCGAGAGAGCGAGAGCGAGAGAGCGAGAGCGAGAGAGAGAGCGAGAGAGAGAGAGAGUGCAUAAAAGUGAGGGAGUGAGUGUGUGUGUGUGUUUGAGAGUGUUUGUGUGUGUUUGAAAGUGUUUGCGUGCGUGUGUGUGUGUGUGUGAGAGAGAGAGAGAGAGACAGAGACUGUCUGUGUGUGUCUAUCAGAAAGUUAGAAUGCAUUGCCACCAGUUUGAAAAAGUCCAAAAAAAGCCUACGAUGCUAUUCACACAAGUCUGAUCGUAGCCACACAUGUGAUAGAAUUUGGUAGUCCAAAAUCGUAUUCUGAGGUGGAUUAUUUUGUUUUGUAUUUGUGUUGUAAUUAAUGAUCUCGUUCUCAUGUAUCAUAUGUGAAAUUAAUAAAUCUGCCAAG